AUGUUGGUAUCGAGAAUUUUGUCGCGAGUUUCUCGCAGUGCGGGCUUACGCUCCUCUCUUUCCGCCGUCGCUCUCCCGGCGAGGACCCAGGCUCCUAUUUUCUCGAGCCGGUUUCACUCUCACGUUCACGAAUUCUCACACAAGCUUGUUGCAGCUCAGGUGUCUCUGGAUUCAUCUGCAUUUCAAAGGUUCUCUUUUUCUUCCUCUACUUCGCCUGACUCAAAUGAGAAGGAGAGCAACACUGCAGCCUCCAAGACAAGCGAGGACAAAGCUGCAGCCGAGGCAAACGAAUCAGGUCUUGACUCUGAAUCAAAAGAUUCCAAGACCGAUUCUUCGCAAAGAAGGCGGAAAAGUGCUAAACCAGCCGCAGUUUCCUCAUCAGAUUCCGAGAGUGAUGAGGAUGAUGAUGAGUUGUCAGUGGAUGAUUUGGUGAAGCUCGUAGCUGAAAAGGAAGAGCUACUGACUGAAAAGGAGGAAGAGAUUAAGAAAAUGAAAGAUAAAGUUCUCCGCACUUACGCAGAGAUGGAGAAUGUCAUGGACAGAACAAGACGUGAUGCUGAAAACACCAAAAAGUAUGCCAUACAGAAUUUUGCAAAGAGCCUUUUGGAUGUGGCGGAUAAUCUUGGAAGAGCUUCUUCGGUUGUCAAAGAAAGCUUCUCAAAGCUUGACACUUCGGAAGAUUCAUCUGGAGCUGCUCCACUUUUGAAGACUCUCUUAGAAGGUGUGGAGAUGACUGAGAAACAGCUAGCUGAGGUAUUUAAGAAAUUUGGUAUGGUGAAGUAUGAUCCUGUAAACGAGCCGUUUGAUCCAAACAGACAUAACGCAGUGUUCCAAGUCCCGGAUGCUACUAAGCCAGAAGGCACAGUUGCUCAUGUCUUGAAGUCUGGAUACACGUUGUUUGAUCGAGUUAUAAGACCAGCUGAGGUUGGUGUUACUCAAGGAGGGCCGAGUGAAGAUGACAAGAAAGAGCCUGAUGCUUAA